GACGUGACAACUUCCUCUCUCAUCUGCUCCACUCUCCACCUCCUUUAUUUCAUCAACCUUUUCUCUUCUUUUAUCACUAAAAUUUCCUUCCUAUAUUUUUUUUUUCUUCCAAUUAACAGCCAAUUCUCUUUCUUUCUUUCUUUCUCUCCUUCUGAUGAAAAUAACUUAGAAAUUCUUUUUCUUUUUCUCUGGGACAUUAACAAUGGAGGAAACAAUUGGUAGUUGGUCUAAUGGGUCGGAAGAAGAGCUUGUGAGAGAACUUCUUGACGAUGAAUCCCCAUUAUUUGUUCUUCAAGAAGAGGCAACAGAGUUCAAGAAUAGUCCUCCAAAUGAAGAAGCUCUUCUUAACCGUUUUAACCCACAAGUCUAUUCUGGUCCAACCAUCGAUGAUAUAGAGAAUGCUUUGUCAGUGACAACCAGAAGAAUUCAAUCAGAUGAACUUUCACCAGCCAGAGUUUCUUUGUUAGAAAGGGGAUUGAGUAAGAUUGAAAACAAAUACACCCUGAAGAUCAAGAGCUGUGGAAAUGGGAUGGCUGAUGAUGGAUAUAAAUGGAGGAAAUAUGGUCAAAAAUCCAUUAAAAAUAGUCCAAAUCCCAGGAGUUAUUACAGGUGUACAAACCCAAGAUGCAGUGCUAAAAAGCAAGUAGAGAGGUCCAGUGAUGAUCCAGAGACAUUUAUAAUCACUUAUGAAGGUCUCCACCUUCACUUUGCGUACCCAUUUUUCUUUGUAGGCCAACCUCAGCUUGGCAACCCACCAAUCAAGAAGACCAAGAAGAACAUCUCGGGGCCCGAAGCCCAAAAUCAUGAGCCUACUCAAACACUAGAAGCCCAUGAAAGCCUAUCAGAUGUUAACCCAGAAAUGGGCCCAGGUAGUGUGAUGGACCAUCAUAAUCAUCGAGAAGUAAGUGAAGAAGAAAGGAGUUCCCAAGGUUUGCUUCAAGAUGUAGUGCCAUUGAUGAUUUUGAAUCCAAGCAGCAAUACUUCUUCAAAUUCUUCAUGUUCUUCUUACCGUUCACCUCCAACUUCUCCUUCUUCACUGUCUUGGCCCCUGAAUUUUUCAACUUCUUAUUUUGAUGUCGGUAUAAAUUCCAGCAUUAUGUGAAUUCAUAGAGAUUCUGUGGGUUAGAACACAAUAAUCCUUGGUGAUGCUUAUAAUGUUCAACAAUACAAUAUAUGGUGUAAUAAAAGGUUAUCAUAUAUGUUUAAGUCUCAUGUAGAGUGACUGUCAGUAUAAUGAAGCAAGUAGCUUUGACGACAUGGUUUUUUAAUGACAAUUUGUAGUUCUUGAUUUUA